UCUACCUGGAUGGGGCUUUCAUCACCAUGAGAAACAUCCAACAUCGUCGGACAUCUUUAUCUUCCAACUCACGCUCACUGGAUUCCACUAUCCACGAAUCCUUCAAUGUGAAGAUACAUGUGAAUGAUCUGACUCCAGCCCCUUCCCAAGAAUGUCUGAAUCUUUGCUCUCCUGUCAGUGAAGAUGACUUCUUGCACCCAAACAAGCUUCUAAGUGAUGGUACAAACACCUUCAAAACUUGCAGCAUCGGUGGUACAGCUUCGAAAAGAUUGGAGAAGAGGGCCAAUAAGAAAACGCCUGCUCGCAGGCAAAGUUGGUCGUCAGUAGGUGCUAGUACUUCACCUGAAGAGGACAAGCAACUGAUUCAGAGAAGGUGGAGUCUCAGUAGCUUGGACUCUGAUAGUGAAGAAGCAUUUUGUAAAUCAACCAACACAACUGGGAGUUUUCGAUUCAAAGGAUUCAGGAAAUGCCAUUCAUAUAAAAGUGCAACUCAUUCUGGAACAUCAAGGGAUAAAUCUAGAAAUCAUUCAGAUGGAAGCUGCGAAGAAUCAUUACUGUCUAAGUCAUCCAAACAGUCCUCCAGUUUUCCUUCUAUGCACAGCACUACUGCUGAUAUUAAAGAGAAUGUGGAGCCUCAAAAAACACAAAGUGUUGGCAGUUUGAGCUCUUCUGCAAAAAAUUUCUUAGUUUCGUUCCGUAAUCACCCCCUACAAAAAUCCUUGUCCACCCCAUCUAUAAAUGUGGAAGAUGAAGUAGGAGAUCAAGCCAAAGAAGACAUUCAUAGUAAUCGACAAAGCCUAUGCACAAUGCACCCUUUACCUCUUCACGAUUUAAGCCCACAGUUGCAUGAAUCGUUGGAUUGUGAUGAAAAUAACCCUGAUAUACAACAGGUGUCAUUAACUAGCCUAAUACGAGAUGUUCAAAUGAAUUCUGUUGCUGCUGAUAGUGAUGAAGAAAAGGUCUUUAUUAAGAGGAAGAAACGAUCAAGCAUAUUUUUUAAGAAAAAGCCUGACAAGCAAAAAUCAAAAGAAGGAAAGAAAGCUCACCAAUUUAUUGUAUAUACUGGAUCAAUUAUAGCAUGUGAUGUUUGCCAAAAGCCUUUUAAUAAAAAACAAACUUUAAAAUGUGAAAAUUGCUUAGUUGUUGUUCAUGACAGUGCUUGCAAAGAUCAAGUUGUUGACUGCAAUAAAUUCAAACUUCAACGGACUCAAAGCAAGCACGGUUACACAACUUCUAGUAAAGAUAUGAACGUUAUUGUAAAUGGAAAUUCAGGUUCUUAG